GAAAGCAACAUGGGUCACCAGCAGCUCUGCUGGAGCCAUCCGAGAAAAUUCGGCCAGGGCUCUGGUUCGUGCCACGUAUGCUUGAACUGGCAUGGUCUGAUCCGGAAGUACGGCCUCAAUAUGUGCCGCCAGUGUUUCCGUCAGUUUGCGAAGGAUAUUGGCUUCAUUAAGUUAGACUAA